CUCGACUGCUCUCUCUCGGCGUUGUUCUCUUUCCGUCUCUCUUCAGCUAGCGUAAGAAGGAACGGGCUAAUGUUAUAGUGCUGGAAUUUGUUAGAGAAAGAAAAAACAAUAAUAAAUAGUUUGCUUUCAUUCCAAACAAAACAGAAGUGCACAUAUAAACACGUUGGCAAAGAAUAUUCAAUAUUUCAAAGUAACGCAAAAAUUGUUGCCUGGGCGUUGUAAGACGCAGCCAACAACUAUUUUUUUGUGCCCUGGUUGCGUAAAAGUGGCUUGCAGGCACGAUGGAAGACCUCACCAAAAACAUUAUCUUCACAAAUGCUAUUAAUGGGCAACCUGCCACAAUUCAGUACCAGACGGCAGAUGGCACCAUCCUUAAACAGCCUAAAAUUGAGGGUCAAAAGGCGGAGCAGCAACCGACCUUCUACUACACGACAAAUGGUAAUGGCGGCACCGUCAAUCUUGCCCAGUUGGCCACCACAGAUGACAACAAGACGUGCUACAUAGCUCAGCCAGUGGGCGGCUACAACUACGCCCUGGUAAAUGGGAUGCCGCUCAACCAGGGCGCAGCGCUUGGCAUCGCCACUGUAGACGCUCAAGGCCGCAUCCAGAUCGUCAAUCAGAACAAGCCUAUUGCAGCAAACACCAUAUCCAACAUCAGCUUCAAAUGUGAUGUUUGCUCGGAUAUGUUCCCCCACCUAGCGCUGCUCAACUCCCACAAGCGUAUGCAUACAGAUGGGGAGCAACAGCAGCAACAUCAGCACAACACCCAGCAGGGGGCCAGCGAUUCAAUAGCCGUCGUCAGCGCCCAGGGCUUGGUGCAAGCGCAGAACAUCAUUGGCAAUGGCCAGAUGGGGCAGAUACAGAUAGUGUCGUCGGACGCUUUGGAGCCGGUGCAACAAUCUGUAAUGCAACAGCACGACUCCAAAGCAAAUAAGUGCAUUAAUUGCGGUAGCCCCAUACUGCAGCAGUCCAAACGCAAAGGUCCAAAGCAGGUGCGUUGUGAGUCCUGCAUGCAGGCAGAACAGACGGCGCAGCAACAACAGCAGCUUUUCGUGGCGCAGGAAGGUCAAAUGGCACAUCCCGUCCAGAUCAUAUCAACCACCCCUCAGGCCCAGGCACAACUGCAGCAAAUUGUAGCCGCGCAGACAGGCGACACGACUCCCAAGCGGGAGACCAGCAGUGGGCCUGUCCAUCACCCAGUGAAAAAACGAAAUUCCCAGCAGAUGACCAAGUGCCAGAAGUGCAAUGGCUCUGGAGUGGUGCUGGUAGGGCAGCACUCUCACGCCGGACAAAGUGGUGGGGGCGGAACGGUAAAGCAAUCGGUCACUGUCAAAACGGAGUGUUCGUCCUGCAGGAAUCCGUCGAAACCCUUUAGUUGCAAUAUAUGUGGUGGCCUUUUCUCACGUUACUCAAGUCUGUGGUCACACAAAAAGCUCCACAGCGGCGAAAAAAACUACAAGUGCAGCAUCUGUGGACUGGCCUUCGCCAAGGCCGUUUAUUUAAAAAAUCACGCGCGCAUCCACACGGGCGAAAAGCCUUAUAAAUGUCAAACCUGCGGUAUGCAGUUCUCACAGUCGCCACACUUAAAGAACCACGAACGCACGCACAGCGGCGAACGUCCCUACGUGUGCGGGGUGUGCGACAAAGGAUUUGCUCGCCACGCUACACUUUGGAAUCAUAGGCGCAUCCACACGGGCGAGAAGCCGUACAAGUGUGAAAUUUGCGGGUCUGCCUUCUCUCAGGCGGCCCACCUAAAGAACCAUGCCAAGGUCCACUCAGGGGAGAAGCCCUACAAGUGCGAGAUCUGUUCUGCGGCGUUUGCUGAUCGAUUCGCGCUUAAACGCCACCGCGGUAUACACCAAAAGUACGGACAAACGGCGCCUCGUCAGACCAGUAGUGAUGGAAUAAUUGUGCACAAGCAAGAGAUCCCCGACAUGGAUGACGAAGCCCAACAGGAGGUGAUCAUCGGUGGGUUAUAGAUAAGACCAACUGGUGCAAAUGCCAAGGCGAUGAGCAACCUAGCGAAGCCGGCAAAGCACAGUCUGCUUUCGCACUAUCAGACAGGAGCAUACUCUGCUCAGCAAUUUCCUGAAGGAUACUAUUACCAGUUGCCUUCACAAGCCCAAGAUCCAUCAAGGAACACUCUUUUUUCUCCUCAGAGACAUUGAGGGUUGGACCAACGAACCUCCAUCAAUAGUACUAAAAACUAGGCAUGGCACUUUCUCCAGCUUUUCUGUAGGCUUUGUGAAACACGCGGCGAGACCCAAAAACGCUUUUUACGUUAAAAAAAACUAAUGAACAUAAUUUAUUUGGUAGCUUGUAAAAUAUAUUUAACCUUACCUUAAAUAAUAAAGACAUAUAUAUGUACUAAUAUAUGUAUAUGUCAUAGUAUUUUUAAGUGUUAUAGGCUAUUUCAUUAUACGAAACGUAAAUGUAAUUAAAUGGAUUUAUAAGAGGAACGGGAUGUUGCCGAGGCUAGCUAAUCCGGAAGGCAAAUACGUAAGAAUCUACGAAGGGAAGAACAUACAUACAAAUGUAUAUAUAUGCAACAAUGAGUUUAAAUACCAUUUUAGAAGUAAGCCAAAAACCUAUUCAUAUAAAAUGUAUUUAUAUUUAAGUAAGUAUUUAAUAAUACAAAUCAAAUAGAUACUUGAAUAAAAUACAAAUUUGUACUAACCCACAUUA